CGGGCUGGCGCUGUUGUUCCGGGAGCGAGGCAGUGCGAAGGCCGGGAGUGGCGCCGCUGCACACCGUGAACAGGCCACUGCAUCGUUGCAGCAGCCACACUUUCUUCGUAGAUCGGGUCAGUCCGCACCGACUGCGCAGAACUGGGACUGGAGAGAAGUUGCUCAGCUGGACUUGGGUACUGUUGAAUCUGCAGGCUAUUUUCGGCAUCUGAAGUAUUUGACUUUCAUUUAAGGUAAUUUAGUGGGUUGGUGCUCGAGAAAUGUCAUUUCCACCGCAUAUGAAUCGUCCUCCCUUAGGGAUACCCCCAUUGCCGCCGGGUAUUCCUCCUCCACAGUUUGCAAGCUUCCCACCUUCUGUGCCACCUGGUUCGAGUUUCCCCCAUGAGAAACAUCCUCUCAACAUCUACUGUGUCAAACCCCUUCAGAAUCGAGCACCUAUGAUUCCUGUUCCUAUGGGGAUAAUGACUCCUGCCACAACUGCAGCAAGUUACAGGCACCCACCACUCCAGGUCUCCAUGCUGUACACCAUGAACCGUUGCCCAACAGAGGGCAAACAGGUAUUGGUGCCAACCUCUGUGCCUCUGGUUGGAAAGCACAUUGGACCAAGGAAGGACCAUGCUGCUCAAAGGAAUCGUGAAAGUGAUGAAAGCAGUGGUCCGACUACAACAGUUUUUGUAGGCAACAUUUCUGAGAAAGCUUCUGAUAUGUUAAUCAGGCAGUUACUGGCGAAAUGUGGCUUGGUUUUAAGUUGGAAGAGAGUACAAGGAGCUUCAGGCAAGUUGCAAGCAUUCGGAUUUUGUGAGUAUAAGGAGCCAGAAUCUACUCUGCGAGCUUUAAGGUUAUUGCAUGAACUCCAAGUAGGAGACAAAAAGCUGCUUGUAAAAGUAGAUGCAAAGACCAAAGCCCAGCUGGAUGAAUGGAAGGCCAAAAAGAAAGGAGUCAAUGGAGAUACAAAAACAGAGGAUUCGUCUGAUGAUGUUGUGGAUGAGGAAACUAAGAGGAGAGAUCAGAUUGUAAAAGGAGCAAUAGAAGGAUUAAUAAGAGAAUACUCCAGUGAAUUAAAUGCACCUUCCCAAGAUCAAGAUUCACAUCCUAGAAAGAAGAAAAAAGAAAAGAAAGAGGAGGAUGAUAUAAGUGCUAUGGAAAUGGAAGAGGAUAAACGAGACCUAAUUUCUAGAGAAAUUAGCAAAUUCAGAGAUACUCACAAGAAACUAGAAGAAGAAAAGGGGCGACGAGAAAAAGAAAGACAAGAAGUUGAAAAGGAGAGAAGAGAUAGAGAGAAAGAACGUGAGCGAGAAAGAGAAAGGCGUGAAAGAGAGAAGGAACGCGAGAAAGAAAAGGAGAGGGAACGGGAGCGUGAGCGGGAACGGGAGCGGGAACGAGAGCGUGAGCGGGAUCGGGAUCGUGAGCGAGACCGGGAUAGAGAUCGUGAGAGAACGAAGGAUAAGGAAAGAGAACGCGACCGAGAAAGGGAUCGAGAGCGGGAUAAAGAGAGAGAAAGGAGCCGGGACCGGGAGAGAAGCAAGGAUCGAAGUAGAUCCAGAGAGAAAAGCCGAGAAAAGGAGAAGAAAAGGGAUAGGGAAGAAGAUGAAGAAGAAAUGUAUGAACGUCGGAAACUUGAAAGGAAGCUCCGUGAGAAAGAAAAUGCAUACCAAGAGCGUCUUAAAAAUUGGGAAAUAAGAGAACGGAAGAAGGCCAGAGACUAUGAAAAAGAAGCUGAAAGGGAGGAAGAAAGAAGAAGAGAAAUGACAAAAGAGGCAAAAAGACUGAAGGAGUUUUUAGAAGACUAUGAUGAUGAUCGAGAUGAUCCAAAAUAUUACAGAGGAAGUGCUUUGCAGAAACGCUUAAGAGAUCGAGAGAAAGAAAUGGAAGCAGAUGAAAGAGAUCGCAAGCGAGAGAAGGAGGAACAUGAGGAAAUUCGGCAACGUUUGUUGGCAGAAGGACACCCAGAUCCUGAUGCAGAGCUUCAGAGGAUGGAACAGGAGGCAGAAAGGCGGCGGCAGCAGCCAAUUAAACAAGAGCCAGAAUCAGAAGAGGAGGAGGAGGAGGAAGAAAAGCCAGAGAAAGAGGAACGCCGAGUGGAAGAGGAUGAAGAACCUGAGCAGAAACCCUGCCUUAAACCCACCUUGCGCCCUAUCAGUUCCGUCCCAUCUGUUUCAUCAGCAAGUGGAAAUGCCACACCAAACACACCUGCCGAUGAAUCCCCAUGUGGCAUUAUCAUUCCACAUGAGAACUCUCCUGAUCAACAGCAAGAAGAGCAGCGGCCUAAAAUUGGACUGAGCCUGAAACUAGGUGGUUCCAAUAGCCCAAGUCAGCCAAUUUCAGUCAAACGAAAGAAACUGCCUGUUGAUAGUGUUUUCAAUAAGUUUGAAGAUGAAGAUAGUGAUGAAGUUCCUAGGAAGCGGAAACUUGUCCCAUUGGAUUAUUCAGAAGAUGAGAAGAGUGCCUCCAAGGGAAAUGUCAAUACAGAAGAAAAACGAAAACACAUAAAAAAUCUGAUUGAGAAAAUCCCUACAGCUAAACCAGAACUUUUUGCCUAUCCUCUUGACUGGUCUAUUGUGGAUACGAACUUGAUGGACCGACGCAUUCGACCGUGGAUCAAUAAAAAAAUAAUAGAAUAUAUUGGUGAAGAAGAGGCUACACUAGUAGACUUUGUUUGUUCAAAGGUAAUGGCACACAGUUCACCACAGAGCAUUUUAGAUGAUGUAGCUAUGGUACUGGAUGAAGAAGCAGAAGUCUUCAUAGUGAAGAUGUGGCGGUUAUUGAUAUAUGAAACAGAAGCUAAAAAGAUAGGACUUGUUAAAUAGAUUGUCAUAUCCAUAGGAAACGUCUUUGGGAAAAUGUUUAAAACUGUAACUUUCAUCUGUCCUCAGAGGCACUUGUGAAGCUUGUAUUUUUUAUUGUAGAGAUAAUGUGAAGUCCAUUUUUUCUUCUCUCCUUCACCCCAUCAUUUGGUUGCUAUGUCCUUAAAAGAUGUACAGUUAAUACAAUCUGCCAACAUUGGUUCUUCAUUUCACCAACUGAGAUAAAUGACUGGGUUAUUUUUUAUAAACUGAUUUCUUCUGCUGUGUAUUUUCAUUAUCGACACACUGACUUGUUCAUAACCUCUCGGUGUUACAUUUAUAGAAGGUUAUGUUGCACCGAUGCAAAAUAUUUGCACUUAAUAUCCGGGUUGUCCCUGUGAUAUGGAGGAGCAGGUUUAGAAAUAAGAUGUUUAUACAUUUAUUGUUUCGAAAUUAGUAAUUUUGAGGGGGAAAGAACUUUGAAAGAUACAGAGUUGUUUUCUCAUCAACAUUAUGAAAAUAUUUAAAUGUUGCAUUUAAAAUGUUUGCAUUUCCAGCAGGUGACAGAAUAGGGUUUAAAUGUUUUUGAAAUAAAUAAAUAAAGUUUGAGAAUGUCUUAGUUGACUUUUUAAAGAGAUCUGUAUCCCCUUUAGUUGCCAACAUCGGUUUAAUUUAAUGUUUUGAAAUCAAAUCUUUGUAAUUUUACAUUUAUCAUUUUUUAUAUAGUCAAAAUUAUUUUUGAUGCAGGUUCAACAAGCAAGCUGCUGUCAGAUAUUGCAAGUACAAGGGGCAAGCUCUGUUUUUCAUUUGUCAGUCUCAUAGUUUCUUUGGGGUGAAGUUUUAAUAAACUACAAUGAGCUUUUUCAAGGGUGUGUGUUUAAGCUGUAUUAUGGAGGCUUGAUGGUUAGCUUGGAAAUGCAACCUUUGGCCCAUUAAAGGAAUGCUGUUUGUUUGGGUCGUUCUUGUCUUGGUUCACUGUAUCCAGAGAUGCAUAAUUCUAGAAAAGGAGGUAUUGACGACAUUCUACAAAUAAAUAAUUGAGGCCAGUUUUUUUUAUGGAAAGUGAGACUCUAGAUCAGUGUUCCUAAACAGCUUUGGGUUACUGCCCUCUUGGUUCCCUGACCACAUCCCCAGCGCUCCCCUCUCCCUUUCCAGCCAUUUUAUAAAACCUAUAAAGAAUUUUGAUUUAUGAUACACAGAGAAAGAAAAUGGGAACUGCAAAUUCAAAAUGGUGUCAAAUAAUUGCAAAAACUAAAUUCAAAUCUGUUUAAAACAAAUAAAGUCACUUAACAGUAAAGACAAUUUUCAUCAGCAAUUUUAGAGUAUAUAUUAGUAGUUCAUCUAUUCAUUACUUGUUAUGUUUUCACCAUUCAGUGGGAUGGAUGAUUCUAGGAAAUCAGUUCAACAUCUGGUUAAAUCUCACAAAGAAAGAGUCUCAAAUCCCCAUGUUCAGUAAUUUGCAUCCUAUUUCAUUGCUUUGAAAGAAGUUGGGCGACUACACUGAAACUGUGCUCCACUAAAGACGAUGUUGGAACGGCAAUAAAGAACAUCUUCACCUUUUCCACAGUGCAGGAGAGCGUUCAGAGAUUUCUUUCUGCAGCCCAAAGUCUACAAGUAUUUUUUUUUGUACCUCUGCUUCUGUUCAAAAUCAUUUUGUAGCAAGAUCAGUUCUUUCACCGUCCUUCCUAUUAAUUCCUCAUAUGGUUUCAGGAAUGGAUUUAUUACCCAGUCUGGAAUUUGGAUUGAGAGAAGAUCCUGAAAUCUCUCUGACAUGUCUUUGUGCAGCUUGCCCAGUUGGGCACAGUUUACUUGAAGAUCAUCUAGUAUUCUUCCAUUCUGCUACAACUCACUCAGAAAUUUGAAAAGGUCACGGUGACCAAUGUUGCACUUACUUGCGGUUAUCUUGGACAGAAAUCUGAGAGGAAGCUACUGACACGAUAAAGGAAGCCCUGAACACUGCCACAGAUGGAGUACUUUCAUUACAGCCCUAAAUACCAGCAGCAUAAUAGGCAGUAAGUUGGAGUGAAAUAUGGAGACAACUGAUUUGACUUUGAUAAGAUUCACAUCAUUUCCGUGAAAUUGAAGAUCAAUUUAAUUAAACUUUGUGAAUAAUUCUGACAAAUAAGCAAUGCCAUGCCUAAUAUUCUUGAGUUGAUUUUGAAGAGGUGAAUGCUUCUUUUAAAAUAACAUCAGAUUCAAAAAAUGCUUAAAAGCAUCUCAGGGAAUUUCCUUUUGAGAGCCAUCUGACUUCUCUGUGCAACAACGAGCAUUGAAACAUUCUCAAUACAAAUCUUUUGAAACAGUUGAGAACUGAGAGCAUGGUCCUUAAUUUUAUUAAUUGCUGUGAUGAAACAGAAAAAGACUUUCAUGUCAGUAAAAACAGAUCUCUACAAAGUGAUCUAAAUUACAAAUAUAAAACAAAAUAAUUGCCUAAGUAUUCACCCCUUUAAUAUGACGUACCAAAUUAUCAUUGGUGCAGCCAAUGGUUUUAGAGGUCACAUGAAACAAUAAAACUGAAAACUUACACCGGGAGGGGGAAAUAUUUUUUAUAGGCACUGUAUAUCAAAAAAAGUGUUACUACUUUUCAACAACUAUAAAUGUGCUUUGAGCAAAGUAUAAGAGAAAGCAAGUGAAGUGAUCACAUGAUUAUUGUAAUCAAUUAUGAUGUACUGAGCUUAUAAUAAUUCAUUUCGCAAAUUAUACAUAUAAUCCCUCAGUUCUCCCCCCGCCCCAUGCCUCCUUAGAAACUCCCAUUACCCUGGAAGUGGAGGGAGCGGGGAGCAGCGAUAUUGCCCACUUUGGGAACCACUGCUCUGGACCCUAAAUUUACUUAAUACCAAACCACUAGUGUAUAACUGAAUCCUUUUAUAUGCUGUAAAUAUUUGGUUUCACUUCAGAACUUCAAAAUACUAUUUCAAGCUCCAUUCUUGCAUGUCAUGUUUAGAUGUAAAGAUCAAUUUUGAUUGCUAGAUUUUAAACAAUUAUUUGCAUACAUGAUGAUUGCUAACAUUUUCUAUAAAGGAUUUUUUUAUUUUACACUAAUGCUAAAUAUUACAAUUUAAACUGUAAAUAUUGUAUACAAUGCCAUUUAACUUCUCAAAUAAAUCUGUUUCCAAUUUUCCUA